UAUAAAUAAAUGUGUCUCCUCUUGCCAAAUUGUCCAUUUCUGUGGACAAUCUGAGCGUCAAUUGGAGAGACAUUAAUGUAGCGCUCUAUGUCGCAGCUAUAUCGCGAUACGAUUGCAUCGAAUCCGAAGAAGUCGACGCCUAAAUUUUUCGCAAUUCGCGCGGUACGAACAAAUACAGUUCGUUCGACGAUAUUGGAAUUUCGAAACUUGUGCCGGUCGAACGUCUUCGAAAAGUGUUCGGUUGGGAACCUCUCAAACAGACCGCGCUUACCACGCCGAAUGCCGAGAGAUAACAUUAUUUUGCUCUAGUUCCAGAAAUAUAGUGCACGCUCGAUGCUAUCGCACCGUGUAGGUCGAAGUAACAUUAUUUUCCUGAAGUAUCUUCUUCGCGGGUUCUCAUUAAACCGCAUUCUUUCGUCUCGAUGCUAUGUUCUGCAAUGAAGUAAUCGUUUCGUGCGUAGACAAUAGUGAACAAGUCGUCAAAUUCUUGCUCUUCGAUAAAAAAUACUUUUCAAAGUCUGAUCGCUUUAACGGGUUCACGUGAAAGCUGAAUUUUUAUCCGAAUAGGAGCUGAAUUUUUAUUCGAAUAGGAGUUGAAUUUUUAUUCAAACAGUAGUUGAUUUUUCCUCGAAAUAGGAGUCGACUUUUCCUUUAAUUUCAACUUCCAAAAUUAGAAUCAUUGUUGCGAGCUGGAUAUUCCCUUGAAAUAGGAGUCGAUUUUUCCUUUAAUUUCAACUUUCAACAUUAGAAUCAUUGUUGCGAGCCGCAAUCCAGCCGAUCGAAGGAACGUUAAUCAGUUUUCGUUCUGGCCGGUGACCAGCAUCAUUAACGAGCGCCGAGGUGUUUUAUUAAGCGUUGCCGAUCGGUGGACAGAUUAAUUUUCUGAUGCACGGUUGCUAGCAACUGAACGACGCAUCGCUCCGCGCGGGUAGAUGAGUAAACUUUGGAGAAAAACCAUAAAAUUCUCUGUCAUCCAUCAGCUCGCGUCCGCGCGCGGCUUGCAUCAGACCAACGACAUUACAGUUUUUUGUCGCAUCUUCUAAAAUAGCCGGGAUUCUCCCAAGAAAAGUACGCAAUGGUCUAAAUCCACGGUAUUAUGUAGCUCGGAAUGCAGUCCUCGAUUACCGUCUCACGACCUCGCUUCACGUUGUUUCGGUGCGGCGUCGCGAAUCUGGAUGCAACUUUUUGCACCGCAAAUAAUCACCUGUCCACAAUGUUGCUUUAAUUGCAGCGUCAUACGCAGGUGCCUCUUACCCAGGUUGUCCAGGUUGAAAGGUUCUACCCGCUGAUGCAACGCGUGGCGCCUUUAUCGCGUCUCGAAAAGCGCAUUGGAUAAUCAAGGGUAAACCUGAAUGUUUCAUCGCGGACGGAUUGAGAAAUGGGCCCGAAGUUACGCAAAGAUUCCAAACAGACUCUUUCAACCUGACGAAUUAAACCAGAACUCUUUUUCGUGGUUUUACCGGGAGGAUCGAGCAACGCUCGUAAUCACUAUUGAAAGCCGGUGCAACAUCGCCGACUGUAACGUGUCGUGGGAGCGUGACUCGCGAAAAGAUGAUUUCAAUCUGCCGAGGAAUUUGUUCACUUGCGACGCAAGAAACAUUGCCGUUCUCGUCAUUCAUGCGAAGGCGGUCGCGGCGGUUGUCAUGUUGGAACGGUAAUUCCAAGUGGGUGUGGCCUAUCUGCCCUCAGCGUUGCCAGGGCAGUGGCUUAUGGGGCGAUCCGUAUUCCAGUCCGAUCCUCGGCUAAAUCUGUUCCGCGGCAUGAACGUCGGACCGUUCGCACACAACGCCAGCAGAAUUACCGGGGGUCACUAUCGCGAAAACCGGCGGCGGUGGCGGCGAUGCCGAUACAGGAAGUCAAGAGCUAUCGACCGGCGUGCAAUCCAUCACCGACCGCUAUCGUAAGAGCUUGUGCAAUUGAGGAGCGCAGGCUCCUUGAUGAAGUUUUGGUUGUUUUCGUGCCGCGACGAUGAUCGUUGACUCUCUCCUUAUCGGGAAUCGAGCGGAACCCCUCGGGUGACGCGUCGCGGCACGGCGCGCCGAUCCUAGGGUGACAAUGCCGUCGUCACGCGAGCUUCGCGUUCCGCGAAAAAGCUUGCGAGCCGCGGCCUAAACGUUACUUACACGGGGAGGAGUCGGUUCCGCGAACGUUCCUCCCGUUCCGAAAAACCGUGUGUCGGAUGAAAACGCUUCCGAUUCGUCAGCGGCGAGCCAACGGCGUCACGCGUCGACGUGACGCGACGCGUCCCCGGAAAAUCGGGCCGACCGAAUAUCGUGUCGCCGACGACUUCUGACCUCGCGCCAGCGAUUAUUCCAAUCGGUCGGUCCCUCUCUCUCUCUUUCUCUCUCUCGCUCGAUUUCCUCUUCAACGUUGUUCCAUUUAGCGGCCCUUCCGGCGAUAACGCGAUUUAAGCGCCGCGUCGGUUCGACCGGAACGCGGCCGCGUUUCGUCGAUCACGGCUGAUCGCGGCAGGCCGCAGCUGCGACCGUCGCCGCGACGGGAUCCCGCGACAGCUGGAAAUCCCGCGACACCGAUGAUCGACGUCCGAAGGGAAACUCGCGGACGCCGAGGAUCACCGGCUAACGGUGACGGUGAUCAUAAUGGCGAUGAUGAAGUGACAGGGUGUCGAGGCCGACUGCGAGACGCCCGUAAUGAGACUGCGGCCGUUCCGUUCACUUCGGACCGGUCACCUCUCGUCUUUCUCGCCGUUCCAUCUUCAUUUGUUUGUUCAACGCCGACCUGCCGAGUGCCCUUUCGAUGCGAGCUACAAAAAUUCGGCGCAACGAUAAUGAUACUAACCCUUCGCACUCGACGCCAUUUUAACUCUAAGUCCAAAACAGUUUUGGAUGACCUACGAUAUUUCCAUUUUGUAUGACUUAUUAGUGCAAUUUUUGCACGUGAAAUUUAGUCUAUAUGAUAAUUAUGCUUUUAACAGUUCUUUAAAAAUAAAUAGAUUUAAUGAUGUAAAACAUUAUUUUAGAAUGUCAUAUAAAAAUAUUGAGCGGUGCCUCGGAAUCACCACCCUAGUGCAAAGGGUUAACCCUUUGAGGACGAAUAUCGACGUAUCGAUGACAUCGGGACUGUAUCUUUUAUUUCAGAGAACGUGAACGUAUAAUUUAAUUGUGUGCGUAAUGAAACAUCAGAAUAUAUUGUUCGUUUUUCGCAUCGUUAAAAUUUUUUAAUCUAGUUCUCUGAAGGAAAUGUCCUUAGCAUUUUAAAAAUGCUCGUCCGCAAAGGGUUAAACCUUUCGCACUCGAAAGCAUUUCAACUGUGAAUUCGAAAUAGUUUUUUCUGAUCCACGUUAUUUACAUUGUAAACGACUCGGUGAUUUUAAUCGCGCGAAACAGAGCCUUGUAACUCGUACAAUGGUCACACUUUCGACAGCUUCUCGAACACAAAUAAAUUUGAUAAUCGAAACGUUAUUUUGCAACGCGAUAGAAUAAUUUCCAGCGAUGCCUCACAGAGCGACCAUUCGAGCGCAAACAAUAGUAGUAAAAUAAUGAAAUGCUAAUAAAAUGAAAACAGUGGUUACAACGGUUACAUUCGCUCGUAAAAAGGUGUGAAAAACAGGAACCGGACCGAAACGCAACAGGUCUCCGAUGGAACAAGAUUACAAUAUACAACAAAACCUCGGAACGCCGCAGCAUCAUAAAUUCCUGACAUUACAACCUUGACUUCUACUUUUAUUAAAAUCAUCGAUGAAGAAGCCAACGUCGUUCGCAUAAAUAUCUAACCAUAACGAGAAACCAGUUGAGAAAAGGAUCGUCGUACAGAGAUCGCGACACAUCUUACGACUCUCCGGGAAUGAAAAUCGUAUUGUGCGCCGAGGAGGUGGAGUUUAUCGGGUUUCGUUGUUUCUUAGAAUGCGGAAGAAUGCUCCACAAACUACCGAAUCGAUCAGCUCCUAUCGAUUAAUGAUAGAGGAAAAAAGAGUCGACAGAACGAGGAAGUCGCGGAGCGAUUCCUCCGCGCGAUAUCCGCGCCGUCGCACGCUGAUUUAUCGCAAAACAAACCGUCUUCAACUUUAACGGGCUUUUCGUCUCCGAACAUUGAGAAUUCAUCGUCGAAACGUUCUCACCUGGUGUCGCGUUUUUUCGCCGCAUCUUGUUCGAUCGGAUUUCGCGUGACGCGAUAGAUUCGCCUCCUCGAUUCGGUGAAACGUCGCGACCGAGAAUCAGAGAUUCGACGUUCGAUCUGUAAAAGCUUCGCGUGGUUCUCCAGCCUGAAGAAGCUGCUGUCUAGAAUCGAUAGUUUGUUUACAUUGGUCGAAGGCAGGAGGUCGACGUGUUUUCACGAUCUAUAUUUUCGAAAGAGGCGCGCCCAAGACUGUCGCAGCCGCCGCGGUCGUUCGACGGGCCCUGAAACACCCCGAACGCCCGUGUACACGAACUGAUUAUGGUAGUACGGACAGCUAUUAUGAUCGACGCCGGUGUGUACGUCAAGUCUCCUCUUUCGAAAAACAGGCUAUAAAAAAGUCGAUGAGUAAGGGGUCUAAAUAGAUCUGGUCACCACCGCCUAUAUGCAGUCAUCGGAAGCGUCUGCCAUUCGCGGGUUAAGAAUUUCGAUUACGCGUGAACAAGCUGGAUGCCGCGCCGUCGGCCUCCUUAGAUAGCUAUCGAUUGUUUCAGAGGGAAAAAUCGUUGCGAUCGUUUCGCAGUCCUUCGACCAGGAGAAAUAAAUCGACUCGCGACUUCGACGCGGCCCUUCGGUCACUUUUCGCUUUCUCGGCGCUGAAACCACUUCGAUCCGUUUCGAAUUCUCCGUUUCACAAUGCGAGCACUGUGCACAAUGCAAAUUAUUGCAUAGAUUGAUUCAAUUUGUGCAUAUUAAUUGCAUAUUAAUUGCAGCUUAAAAAUAAAUAAAACAGUAAAAUAAUCGGUCCAUAAAUUCGCGCGGUUUUAAUUUCCAUUAAAAUUUGACAACAACAAUGAUUGCCUAACAGUUACGCCACUCGAUAAUAUUUCUUCUUCUUUACUUUCCUUUUGUUAUGCAAUUGUUCACUGAUUCGUUCCGCGCGAUUAAUAAUUUAACGAAGUGCUCAAUUUUUCGAAAACUGUGGAGCGUCGAAAUUAAUAAAAAAAAACAUCUUCGACACGUUUCGCCGUACGAUUAAAUCGUAAAUGUACAUUCUUGUUAACUCGACACCCUAUAGUUUUCAAGGAAUUCAUCAAUUUGUCACUAGCACGGAACGAACGAUCGAUGGAACAGGCGGAUUUAAGCGAAAUAGCGGGAAAUUCGAACGAAUAAUUAAAACCGCGCGAACUUCUCGACCGACCCUGUAUAUCGAGAACCGCGGCAUCGGUUCUCGGUAUUUCCAGCGUUAAUUAAACCAAUAGUUCUCCCGCUUCGGCGAUCGAUCGCAUUUUCUCGAUUGUAUCUCCGUUGAUUGCGGCGAAAUUUUUAUCGGGCCUGUCUCCGUUCGCGGCUUCUUCGCGAGUGUUUACAAAUGAAAAGUCAUGGGCUCUUCAGGUUGUACAAUAGGUGAUUAGACGGCAACCGGUUGAGGAAACGGGUCCUCGUUGACCAAAACAAAGAGGCACGUAUGUACGUACAUAUGUACCUCGCAAUCUUCGUUGCUCUCGCAAAGGGCAGUGGAGCCGGUUACCGUGGGGCGAGACCGACUGCUGUGCCUUUGGUUUGUUUUCGAGCGCAAUUAACAUUGUGCUCAUCGAACGUUUAUCUCUUAUCUCGUUUAUUUUUGAGUAAAAGAAUGCGGCGUGCCCGAUUCGAUAAAUAUCAAGUUAAUUAUGGCCGAAUUAAAGAUAGCCUAAAAUAAAUAAUAUAUUAAAAUAAAUAAAAUAUUAAAAAUGUGUCUUAUUCGAUAAAUAUAACGUUAAUCGUGCCGGAAUAUGAACCAAAAGGCGCGACAAUCUUCUUAUUCAACGAAGAAUGUACGUUCAUUGCACUCUUAAGCAAUUUCAUUUAUUUCUUACGAAUUUCAUUAUUGCCAAAAUAAAUGUUAAAUUUUCUUUCGUUUCGUUUAUAUUCCAAUAAAAGAAUUUCCGUCUCGUGAUGAAUGUAAAUAUAUAUAGUUAGUCAGGGUCGAAACGAAAGGGCCGGGGGGCAAUCGUUAGGCCCACGGUAACCGGCGACUCCGCCGGCCUAGAACCGAUUUCGCCGGCUCCUAUUUCGUGUGCCCGGUUUCGCGGAUCGUCGAUCGUUUCCCGCUCGGGCCCGUUGGAACGAGGACCGUCCACUUUCACGGGUAAUACCGGCCGGUAACGAGACGACGGUGUUCAGAUAUCGGGCCGAUUGAUAUUCGUGAGGCACGUAUCGAACUUAAUUCCUCGUAGCAGUAGUAGUAGUAGUCGAUGUUAGUAGUAGUAGGGGAGUAGUCAGCGGGAUAUAUACGCGAGCGCGCGUUACCACGGUAUUCGGCAGUCGACGCGCGGCACUCGAACGGAGCGGGUCUUCCAUUCGUCCCGUCCUCGACCAUAAUCGCGUCCGUCCGUCGCUUUCGUUCCCUCGGCUCCGAACGAUCGCGCGAGUGGAGAACGAAACACGGAAGAAAGCCGCGGCGAGCUUUGAAACGAGUGAAAGACGAAUUAAUAUAUAUAUUAAAAAAAAAAGAAAAACAAGAAAAGAAAGAGAAUCGGCGGACACGUGGAGCGUGCGGAAGGAUCGAUUCCCGGAAGUCGUGGAUGAACGAGGAUCCUCGAUCGGUCCGCGAUUUUAAGAUGACCGCCUCGGCACCGUCUCCCCUGUCUUCCUCUCUCUCCUCUCCGUCCGCGGACCUGUCGGUCGCCUCCUGGUGCGCGUCGUCGUCGUCGUCGUCGUCCUCGUGUUCGCCGCCGACGUGCUCCCCGUGCUCCAAGUCUCCGCUGCCGUCGCGCAGAAAGAAGAAACCGAAUCGGUGGACCAUCGACCGCGGCUAUCCGCUUCUCCGUCAGAGGAGCUCCGUCUGAAUCCGGCGCAUCCGCCUGAAACGGAGCGUGCACAGAGAACGGAGAGUGCCCGUCCGGGAGAAUCGAAGAGACGCACACGUGGUGUCCCGAGGAGCACAGCGUGCACGCCAAGCUAGAAGGUGUGUACGAGCGAGGUGGGAGGAAAGAGGAAAGAGGAAGGACUAUCGCGAGUAGGAAGAGAGUGCGGUAACAACGCGAGCGAUCAGUGUACUCGCCGGCAGAAGGAACUCUUAGAGAGAAGAACGGCGCGGUCUGGCGGCGAGGUUUCGUCUGUUGUGAACUCGUUUACGAUACAAUCGAAGGGCGCGAGUGAUUUUAGUGCGGCCAACAGGGCAGAGAUCGCCGAAGACACGGUGGUUCGGCAAGACAGAGAUCUGGAAGAGGAAGAAGAAGAAGAAGAAGAACGCGAGAAACGCGCGAAGAUCGCGCGGCAGCGGAAGAAGAGCCGCGCCGAGCACGUUGCUGGUCGGCGAUUCGUCGCGGGACAGAAGAACGGUGCGCGGGGCGAAAGACGAGGGUGCGGCGAGGGUGCAGGUGCGCGGAAAGGGCCGAGGACCAAGGAGCACCGGCUUCGCAGCGGGUGAGCGUGCUAGCGGCGAGCUGCUCCCUGGCCGGAGCAAUCGCGCCGGUUCGGCCGCAAACUCGCAUCACGAGCCGGCUAUGGGAAAGCUGGCAACGACUGGUGGACGCGUGACCCGUGAUAACGAGGACCAGGAAGCAUCGGCGUCGAGCGCCGCCAGUUCCGGCCGCGCGUUCGUCGCGGCGCCCAUUCGCGGGAUCGCUCCUCGCGGCGCUGUUCCGAGAAUCGUCGAGGCGAGCCUGCUUGAACCAGAUCAAGGAGAACGCGUUCGCGAGUGCCGAUCUUCGAUCUUCGCGGGUGCCCGCACCGGGGACCGCCUCGAUCCUCCUGCCGCUGCCGGGGGCUCGGUCGCGAACGCUCGAUUUCCGGGAGCUGCUGGGGACUCGGCUCCGGGUGACAGAGGACUCUCGAGUCCGAAAACUGGAUGGAACUGGACUCCGAAAACUGGAGAAAACUGGCCUCCAAAAACUGGAUGGCACUCGACUCUAGCGUCUUCAGGGAACUCUUCUUCGAAGACUGGAGAAGACCCGACUCCAGCGACUUCCGAAAACUCGAUCCCAAAUACUGGAGUACCUACGACUCCGAAGACUCGCUCCCUAAAAUCUCUAAGACAUUUGUCUCCAAAAUCUGUGAAAGACUGUGCACCGCAGACUGCAGGAGACACCACGCCAAGGUCUCAAUCUCCUAGAACAGGAGGGCACCGUACUCCAAGCACGCAACCUCCAAAAACUGAAGCGGUUACGACUCCAAGGACACGGUCUCCAAGAACCGGAGGAGAUCCUACUCUGGAGACCGGAGAAGACUCAGCCGCAAGGACUCGAUCCCGAAAAACUGAAGGAGAGUCGUCUCCGAGGACGCGAUCUCCAUUCGAGACGGCAACCGGCACCUCGUUGCCCGGGUUUCGCGCGAUCGGCGAUGCGGGAAGGCCGAUCCUGGUGGACGGUUCGCGGGCCCAGGUGUGCAAGUACUCUGACGGGCGAGCGUGGCCGUCGGUCCGUCGAGGACCAACGACCCGGUCGAUCCUCCUGCUCGCGGCGAUCACGAUGGCGAUCCUCGCGAUCUCCGCGCCCGCGGCGGCCGUGCCGACGCCGUCGGCCGACCCGACGCUCCCGCGAACCGGUCUCCGGCAAGACCUCGCAGACUCGACCGGUCUCGAGGACGUCUACGAGGACGCGUUCGAGGACGUUUUCCGAGAAGAGGACCGCCGCGACCCGGGCACCGUCCUCGACGAGAGCGAGCUGGAGAUCAUACGGCGCAGCAUCGCGCGCGGUCUCGGCUUGAAGAGGAUACCUGACCCUGCCAAGGCGAACGUGAGCCAAGCGGAGUACGAGAGAGCGCACAGAGAGUACCUGAAGAAAGUCCACCUGUCCUUCGACGAGGAGGCCACGAAAAGCAGGAGGAGUCUGCACGUGUUUCACGCCGCAGCGCAUCCUGGAAAUGGAUCGAGUCGGAUCGACAGAGGACACCGCCGUCACCGGUUGUUCUUCCCCGUGGAAAUCCCUGAGGCGGAUGGGAACGCGUCGGUGGAUCACGCGACCCUGCGGCUGUUGCUCCACGGCGAUUACAACGACCGAUCGGAACUGGACGUUCAGCUGUACCUGAGGACGUUCGGGUCCAGAGAGCCGAUCGCCCGGAAGAGGGUGUCGGCGCGGGACUCGAGAUGGCUGGAGCUGGACUCGACCGCGGCCGUGGCAUCCUGGCUGGAGGCCGGCCUGGAGAACCUGGGCCUCGAGCUCGAGUUCCUCCGGGACGAGCAACCAAUCCGAAGAAGCUUCUCCGGGCCGGUUCUGAACGUGUUCACGGAGUCCUCGGUGUCGCCGAGCGCCAGGUCGAAGCGGUCGACGCCCGAGGAGCUGAUGUCGCUGCACAGAAGCCGCCGGACCAAGUGCAAAGGCGAGAGCAAGAAGUGCUGCAGGCACGAGCUGACCGUGAUGUUCAAGGACCUGAAGGGCUUCGAGUUCAUCGUCUAUCCGAAGACGUUCGACGCGGGCUACUGCAAGGGUCGCUGCCCGCCCAGGUACAACCCGGCCCAUCAUCACGCUCUUCUGCAGAGCUUGCUGUGGAAGGAGGACAGGAAGAAGGUGCCGAAACCGUGCUGCGCGCCCAGCAAGCUCGACCAGCUGAUGAUCGUCUACUUCGACGAGAACGACUCCACGCAGCUGAAGGUCUCCUACUGGAAGAACAUCCAAGUGCUCGAGUGCGCCUGCUCUUGAAUCGUCCAGCUUCCGCUAGAGUAAUGCCUCGAUAACCUUACUUUUGGGCCCGAUGGGUCCUUCGAAAGGGUAUAAUAUUAAGGUUUAAAAGUUGCUCGAACAGUCUGCCUAAAUUGUUCUGAACGACGAUUUCGUUCGGAGACUAGGAACUAAGAGCGUUCAGCAACGGUGUUCAGACAUGGAUUCCUGAAUCGCGGGGUUACAGUUGCUGUCCUACAGACGUCCCUACGUCGCGGGGUGUGCUGGGGGGGACGAAAUAGAAUUUUUGCCCGGGUUUCGGAGACUUGGAAAAUGGGAGCGGGCCACGGCGAGAGAAAAUGCGACGGGGCCCCUUCUCUGGCUAGUUGCGUACCACGGCCGCCGGUCCUAACGGAUAAUGGAGAUAAAGAGCGACAGUUAUGGAGGCAUUACUGCAGCUAUUUAGUGCGGCGAGGCGCGCGUGAGAUAGAAGGGACAGAAAAUGCUUAGAGAGGAACGAGAACUGAACGCGGUUUACUGUCGCCCGAGGACUCACCAAAGAAUCGUCCGAACGGCGUUCGGUGGUGCCGUUUCGCGGACGUUAAGUUGUACCUGCGCUUCGAACGUGUGGCUUCCACGGUUUUUUACGAGAGUCACGGUAUGCUAUAGCCCGUCGACUGUAAAAGUCGCUGUAAUUCCGCGGACAAUUAAGCUGCGACGAAGCGGGGGAACGUCCUUCUCUGUGCCGGCGGACGGCCGCGAACGCGAUCCCCGGGCAUCACCGAAUGCCCAGAUACCCGCGUAAUCGCGGGUCUUCUAUUGACUGUGAUACUAAGAUAUCUGCUUGACAUUAUUACUCAUAAAUAAUCGUACUUCGUAUCGUUGAAUGGUUCUCUCGGUUUUUUUUUCUUUUCUUAAAUUACCCUUGUACAUACGCGAAGUUAGUUCUUAAUUGAUCGCCGGCCCCCUGAGAAAGAACUUGCGGAUCUACCGACAAAAGAGGAGACGACGACGACGACGACGACGACGACGACGAAGAAGAAGAAAAGGAAGUCGAUAAGUCACCGACACCACGAUAUCUCAUCGCGCCGCAUGCAUUCUUUUAAUUUAUUUCGAUCAUUCUGGGGUUAGAACGUAGAUGUAUGGGUGUAUCCACAGCGCGUAUUUGCGAGCCGAGUAUUAAAUGCAGAAGACAGAUUCGAAAUCUAUUUAUACGCGAGGAUCGCUGCUUCAUAGAGUUUUCUUCUGCUCGAGGUUUCGUUAGUUCCUAAUAGAGUUACAGAGCGUAUCUCUUUGACACCGUGCUCCCCCCACCCCUCUCCACACCUCUCUCUCUCCCUUUAUUUUGUCAUUCUCCGGACGUCGUCGCUGUAAAAGAAGCGUUAUCGUUAAAGGCGAAAUACUCUCAUCCUCCUUUACGUACGCAUAUCACGCAUCUAUUGUAUAUUUUUCACAUCAAUAAAAAGAAACAUCUAGACGUUACUCCUUUUCCACGUCCCGCGAGGCAUACGAAACGUGUGCGCCGUUACGUCGCAAAUUCGUCGACAGACCGCUGCCCGCGUCGGGCUGUCCUUCGCGAACCGACUUCCGGUCGACUCGCGUUACUCUUUAUAUCUUCUCUAAUCGGCCAUCGAUGAUGUAACGACGAAAUAAAAAUUUAUUCGUUAUUUAUAUAA